GCCCUCAAAGGAGUUGACAGCUCCUCCCAAUUUGGUGUUGUCAGCAAAUUUACUUAAUAUGUCUUUGAGUCCCACGUCCAAGUCUUUAAUGAAGACAUUGAAAAGAACUGGGCCAAGGAUGGAGCCUUGUGGAACCCCACUAGUGACAGGUUGCCAGCCUGAUGUCACCCCAUUCACUAUAACUCUUUGCACCUGACCUGUGAGCCAGCUGCUCACCCAUCAUGUCACCUGGUUGUUCAGCUGUGUGCUGGACACUUCAGUGAAGGUCUGCCUGUGUAUUUCUUCAUUACUAUUCCUUAUGCUGGUGCAGGUUCACAGCUUGCACCACCUUUUAUUAACACGAACACAUUUGUUUGGCAGGAAGGGAGCAGAUGUGUUUCACCACUGCUGAGGAUCCUGUCAGCCACUGGCUUGUCCCCAUAGUGCUUGGUGUCCUCUUCCUGCCCUACUGUGGUUUGGUGCAGCCUGGUUCUCCUUGUGGGGACUGCCACCAAAUUCCAGCAUGACACAUCAUGGCUGGAAUAAUUUUCCCUCUUUCUGGUCCAAGAUUUCAAAAUUGACAUUCACUGGUAGCAGACACUGCAAUUUAAGGGGUUAAAAUGUCAACUUAACCCCUCCAGUUUUUAAAAGCAGUGGCUGAAAUUUUCCAUGUGAAUCCAGUAUAAGGAAACAACUAAGAUAAUUGUACCCUAUUUGUCAGAGGUUUAGAGUACCUGGUUUUCUUUGAGCAUUUGUCUUCUGACUUUUGAUGCAUUGAGUAAAACAUUUGUGAAGUGAAGGUCUGGGGUGUUUGUCCUCAGUAGUGGCUGCAGGUGAUCUGUACUCAGCAUCUGAGUAGCGAGGUUGGUCCUCACACAGGGAUUUUGCUUUGUGAUCUCUGCCUAGCCUGGAGCAAAAGGAUUCAACAGCAUAGGUUUUCUUUGUGCAGUUUUCCCUUUCAGGUCUUAGGUUACUGCAACUUCUUAAAAAAAAUUAUACUUCAGUACAAAAAUCCAGAACGUUUCUGAAAUUACUUCACAGUGGAGCAUGCCAGACAGAGAGUUCUGUCUUGGCUGGCUGCUCAUCUUUCAGUGAAACUUCAUCAUCUUUCCUAGCAGUUUCAUUCUCAGUGCCAGCUUGGCUUUUUAGAUGCAGCUCCUGUCUUUGUGAGAAUGAUUUUUGGAUGGACACCUGUUCCUUUACUAGUGAUUUCUUGUGUUCUGACUUAUGCACUUUUUUUCUUCUCUCUUCUGCCUUAUUGUCUCAUCCUAUGUCUCUGUCCAUCUAGGAGCAUGAGAGUCCCCAGAUUAUUGCUACAGCAGGCUGCAUUAUGUACAGUAAACCCUUCCAAAAGUGAAACUGUACCCUGAAAGUAUUUUUAGUUCCCAUUAUGUCUUUUGGAUUACUGGCUAACCUUUGUUUCAUUUAUUCAUUUGUUUCUGAAGCUGCUAAUCACUAAUUGCCACUGUAGAGCUAUUACCUUUUAUUUUUCUCUUGGCUAAUACAUUCCCUAAAACACCUGUUAUCCAGUCACAGUUCCCAUUCCACCCUCUUUCUAGCAUGCUUGCAGCAUCUGGUCUAACAACAUGCACCAGCUGGUCAGGUUCCUGUGUUGUGUUGCCCAUUCCAGUUGCUUGUCCCAGGCCAUUCCGUUGUCCUGGGACUGGUUAAGCAUAGUCUUUGCAUGAAGUGUCACCUUCCAGAUGACAUGGGCGUUGUUAUCUACAGGAAGGUACUGGGGUGCUUUGAAGUAAGGUGACCUCUCAGGGCUCCUCCCAGCACACUGUUACUGUUCUCAUCUCCUCUCUGGCAAUACUUUUGUUUCCUUUGUAACCGUUUUUCUGUCAUUUUUGUAUUAGUUCUGGUGAUUUCCCACCACGUGUCCUUUUGUUCCACUUAAUGUAACAGAAUAGUUCUGAAACAACUCACACCCCCGGCCCCCAGCACUGCAAGACUUAUAUGUCCUCUUAUUUAUUUCCUCCAUUUUUCUCAAGUUUUCUUCUUUCACCCAUUGAUCCCCUUCCUAAAAAACAAACAACCUGUGACUUUGCACUUCUCAGUAUGUCCAGAUUUCUUGUGCCAAUUCUGCAUCUCCCGCCCUGCUCUAUUCCUCUACAGGAGGGUCUUCACCUCGAUACCAGCCGCAACUGUUAGCCUUUCCUGCACAGACCUUCGGCCUCUGACAAGUACCCCACCUGUAUCACUUUUCCUCAGUUUCCUUCCAGAAUAUCAACUUCUUACAACUGAAAUUAGAGAAUCAGCUCUAUCAUUCUUUUUUGAAUGUGUUAAUGUUUACCACCAUUUUUUUAAUGUCUCUAAGAUAACUGCUGUUCCUAAAUAAAUUCUGUUGUCUCCACUUUCAUCAGUGGAGAAAAUACCUCGCAAAAUACACAAAUUGCUUCUUGAUAUUGUGCAACUGUGUGUGACAUUCAAACACUGUUGUUCUUGCAGCAAGGAAAUGCCUGACCUGUAAGCCCAGCCAUGUGCUGAAGUCAAUGACGCUGCAUUCAGAGCCAUCUAAAUUGAAUCCUGCAAAGCUGAUUCUGUUCACAUCCAGAGCUGCAGCUGUUCCCAGCAGCGAGGGAGUCACUGCAGAUAAAAACACAGGGCUGGAAUUCCCCUGCCAGUUACCAAACAACUCUCAGUGGCUGACCUGGUUGCAGUACUGUUGCAGGCUAUCCCAGCAGAGAAGUUAUCUGACAGGGACUGCGCUCCUCUGGCACAAUGGCACACAUGGUGAUGCCCACGUUUGGAGUAGUUGCAAAGCUACUGCCCCACAGAAGUCUCCAAAGAGCCCCUAAAGGUAAUCAAAACAAGCUAUGCCAAGUGUCAAAAGGCAUUGUGCUACUUUAGUAAAAUACAUAUAAAGGGGUUUUUCUUCUUUUCUACAUAAAGAUAUUGUAUUUUACUUCAGGAAUUUAGAUCUGGUAAUUCAUCAGGAUGAGACAGGGAUCCACACCAGGGCAAGAGUCACAGCAGGCAAAUCUGCCAGCAUGGCCAAGGAUGCCCCUUGGUUUUCAGAUUGUGAAAUAUUUCUUUAAAGGGAUUUGUACUUUAAUUACAUCUGUUCAAAUAGCAUGAGGCAGAACCACGUUUUCAGUGAACUGAGAAGAAAUUCUAGUUGAUGAGUAUCCCUUCACUGCCAUGAAACACCUCUUCAGGUGUGCCAGUAGAACUCAUUGGGGAGUUGGCUGUGGCUGGCUCCCUAACACAUGCUGUGGGGACAGGAACUUCCUGAACUAGUUUAACCACCACAAAUGGAUGUAUUGAACCACAGCCUUGUUUAAAGUGAUGCAACAUUUUCAUGUGGAGUACUACUUAGAGGACUGCUGCUCCUGGUGGAAGUGAAAGUGUGGAGUGCUGAGAGAGCAGCAAGCUCAGCUACUGGAACAAAAAAGGGGCUUGUGAAGUCCUGAUACACAGAUAAAUCAGUGAAUUUCAUAAGCAGCCGUUUCAGACACAAGAGGCAGAUAGCAAGGGAUAAUUAUCACUGUUAAAGAAAGUGAAGGUAUUUAGCUGAAGUUUCAGUCUAGAGAGGUAACACAUCUUUUUACAGCUUCCUCCAAAGGCACACGGUGCAGCUUUGCUGUCAGGCAUAGAGCUCGUACAGAAAACGUGUGUAGCCAACACCGCUUGCGUAAGAUUAAUUCCACAUCAUUCUCUCUGGCCAGGGCUUUGGCUUCGUGGUGUCCCCAGUGCUUGAUUGCUGUUGCAGAAGAGCAAUGGAUGCUAAACAGGUACUUCUGGCGCUGCGGAAAGGUUGAAAGGAAUUCUGCUAAACGAACUUGAGAGAAGCGACAGGUUCUCCACCUGAAAAGAGUUUGUUUUAAGCACGGGAAAAGCUGCAAAGGAAGUUUCUCAGGCGGGGCUGAAAUUAACCAGCACGGAGCUUGUGAAACCGAGCGGAGGCAAAGGUUCGGCGCGGACUGCGGUGACGCCCAGCGGGGACUGGGGGCUGUGGAGAGCGGGGGCACCGUCCCGCUGCUCACAACCCCGACUGCGGCCCGAGUUUUAGCAGGUGAAAGGUUGGACUCGACGAUCUCAGAGGUUUUUCCGACCUAAUUCAUUCUGUGACUCCAUGAGUACUGAAGGAGCCCAGGCGCUGUCUCCUCUGACGGCGCUGAGGGCGGCGGGACCCGCCCCGAGCCCCGUCCCCUCCCCUCGCGGCCCGGAAGCGCUCGCGCGCGCGCGCCGGAAGCGCGUCCCCCGCGGCCCGGCCAAGAUGGCGGCGGAUGCCGCCACCGAGCUGCUGUUCUUGGACACGUUCAAGCACCAGAGCGCGGAGCAAAGUACCAAUAUUGAUGUGAUUCGUUUUCCAUGCGUGGUUUACAUAAAUGAAGUCCGAGUCAUUCCUCCAGGAGUGAGAGCUCACACAAGUUUGCCUGACAACAGGGCUUAUGGAGAGACAUCCCCUCAUUCAUUUCAGCUGGACUUGUUUUUCAACAAUGUCAGCAAACCAAGUGCCCCUGUUUUUGAUCGGCUGGGAAGCCUUGAAUAUGAUGAAAACACUUCAAUUAUUUUCAGGCCCAAUGCAAAGGUCAACACAGAUGGAUUGGUUCUUAGAGGGUGGUACAACUGUCUGACUUUGGCAAUAUAUGGCUCAGUUGACAGGGUAAUAACUCAUGAGAGAGAGUCACCUCCUCCACCACCCCCUCCGCCUCCACCUCCCCAGCAACAGCCUGGAUUGAAAAGGAAUCCAAAACAUGUUGAUGGAGAGAAAGAAGACCAAUUCAAUGGCAGUCCUCCAAGACCACAACCCAGGGGACCAAGGACACCUCCAGGCCCUCCUCCUCCUGAUGAUGAUGAGGAUGAACCUAUGCCAGUGUCAGUGGUUGGGGAAAAAGAAGAUGAUGUGGACCAUAGGGAGGAUUACUUUGAGCCGAUUUCUCCUGAUCGAACGUCCAUUCAUCAAGAAAGCCAGUAUUCUGAUGAUGGAGAAGUAGAGGAAGAUCAACCAGAAGAAGGGGAUGAUGAUGAUGAUGUGGAUGUUGAGGAGGAGGAGGAUGAGGAUGACGACGACGAUGAUGAUGAUGAUGAUGGUCAUACAGUAGAGAGUCUUGCUGAUGAGGAAGAAGAGGAGGAGGAGGAAGAUGAUGAAGAUGAAGAAGAGGGUGAAGAGGAGGAAGAAGGUGAUGGAGAUGACGGCUAUGAGCAGAUUUCAAGUGACGAAGAUGUAAUUGCUGAUCUAGAACGUGAAACAUUUAAGUAUCCAAGCUUUGAUAUUGAAUAUACUCCUGAGGAUCUGGCAUCUGUGCCUCCUGUGACGUAUGAACCUUUUGAAAAGGAGCUUGGACCACUAUUAUACUUCAGCUGCCCUUACAAGACUGUAUUUGAAAAUGAAGUUGCUAAAAUAAAGGACCAAGACCCAGAAAAAGAAAAUUCAGGGGCAGCAGAAGGCUCAGUUAAAUUAACUGAACUGUUGGAAUUAUAUCAAGAGGAAAGGGGUGCAAAGUGGGUCACAGCAUUGGAAGAAAUUCCAAGUUUAAUAGUUAAAGAACUGAGCUACCUGCUGGUGAAAGACACAAAGCAAGACUAUAUUACCCAGCUAGUAGACUGGACCCUGCAAGCUUUAAACCUUCAGGUGGCUCUCAAACAGCCCAUUGCUUUGAAUGUUCGACAACUCAAAGCUGGGACAAAAUUGGUAUCUUCGUUAGCAGAAUGUGGGACUCAAGGAAUAAUGGCACUCUUGCAGGCAGGAGUUAUUAAUGUGUUGUUUGAACUGUUGUUUGCAGAUCAUGUAUCAUCAUCCCUUAAACUUAAUGCUUUUAAAGCUUUGGAUAGUGUCAUUAGUAUAACUGAGGGAAUGGAAAUGUUCCUAAGAGGUGGCACAGAUGUACAUGAAAAAAGUGGUUAUCAGAAACUCCUGGAACUCAUACUGUUAGAUCAGACUGUGCGAGUUGUUACAGCUGGUUCUGCAAUUCUCCAGAAAUGUCACUUCUACGAGAUUCUGUCAGACAUUAAAAAGGUGGUGGAUCAGUUAGCAGAGAACACUCCUCCUCUUCCUAAUCACACAGAGCCAGAACAGGACCAGGACUUGGCAGGACUUGAAAGAACCAACCAAGAAUAUGAAAAUGAUGUGGAGGCUCCUAUGGAUAUGGAUCAUCUUCUGGAAUCUUCUAAUAUAAGUGAAGGAGAGAUGGAAAAACUUGUUAGUCUUCUUGAAGAGAUCUUCCAUUUGAUGGAAACUGCUCCUCAUACAAUGAUUCAGCCCCCUGUGAAAUCUUUCCCAACCAUGGCACGCAUUACAGGCCCUCCAGAAAGGGAUGAUCCUUAUCCUGUCCUGUUUAGAUAUCUUCAUAGUCACCAUUUCUUGGAAUGCAUUACUUUGCUACUGUCUCUUCCAGUGACAGGUGCACAUCCAGGUGUGCUUCAGGCUAUCCGAGAUAUAUUGCGUUUCCUGGCACAGUCACAGAAGGGUCUUCUUUUCUUUAUUUCUGAGCAUGAGGCAACAAACUUGUUGGUUAGAGCACUUUGUCAGUUUUCUGAUCCAGAUCAAGAGGAAGGUCUGCAGUCAGAUGGUGCCAACGAGGAUACUUUUGCCCUGUGGCUGCUCCAUUCAACACAGACAUUACAGUGCAUUUCGGAAUUGUUCUGCCACUUCCAGCGGUGCACAGCCAGCGAGGAGACUGACCACUCAGAUCUGCUGGGAACACUUCACAACCUUUACUUGAUCACCUUUAACCCUGUAGGAAGAUCUGCUGUGGCUCAUGUAUUCAGUCUGGAAAAAAAUCUCCAAAGUCUUAUUACUUUAAUGGAGUACUAUUCCAAAGAAGCUUUAGGAGACUCAAAGUCUAAGAAGUCAGUUGCUUAUAAUUAUGCCUGCAUCCUUGUUUUGCUGGUGGUACAAUCUUCCAGUGAUGUCCAAAUGCUGGAACAGCACUCAGCACCUCUGCUGAAGCUUUGUAAAGCAGAUGAAAAUAACACCAAGUUGCAAGAGCUCAGCAAGUGGCUUGAACCUUUGAAAAAUCUUAGAUUUGAAAUAAACUGUAUUCCAAAUCUUAUUGAAUAUAUCAAGCAGAAUAUUGACAGUUUGAUGACUCCGGAUGGAGUUGGUCUUCCUACUGCACUUCGUGUUCUUUGUCAUAUUGCGUGUCCACCACCUCUGGUAGAAGGUCAACAGAAAGACCUUAAAUGGAAUCUUGCAGUUAUUCAGCUCUUCUCUUCCGAGGGAAUGGACACCUUCAUCCGGGUGUUGCAGAAGCUGAACAGCAUCCUUAUUCAGCCUUGGCGACUCCAUGUCAACAUGGGCACCACGCUGCACAGAGUUACUACUAUUUCUAUGGCCCGCUGUACACUCACUCUCCUUAAAACAAUGCUGACAGAACUCCUGAGAGGUGGAUCCUUUGAAUUCAAGGACAUGCGUGUUCCUGCAGCACUUGUUUCUUUACACAUGCUCCUCUGCUCUAUUCCUCUCUCAGGCCGCUUAGAUAGUGAUGAGCAAAAAAUCCAGAAUGACAUUGUUGAUGUCUUACUGACUUUUACUCAAGGUGUUAAUGAAAAACUUACCAUUUCUGAGGAAACUUUGGCGAACAAUACUUGGUCUUUAAUGCUGAAGGAAGUUCUCUCAUCAAUUUUGAGAAUUCCUGAAGGCUUUUUCUCUGGACUUAUACUGCUUUCAGAGUUGUUGCCUCUUCCACUGCCCAUGCAGACUACUCAGGUAAUUGAAGCCCACGAUAUUGCAGUGGCACUCAACACCAGGAAGCUGUGGAGUAUGCACCUCCAUGUGCAGGCCAAGUUGAUACAAGAGAUCGUUAGAUCUUUCUCUGGCUCAUCCUGCCAGCCCAUUCAGCAUAUGUUGAGGCGGAUUUGUGUUCAGUUGUGUGACUUGGCUUCACCUACUGCUCUUCUCAUCAUGAGGACGGUAUUGGAUCUAAUUGUAGAAGACCUGCAAAGCAACACAGAAGAUAAAGAGAAGCAGUACACUGGACAGACCACUCGACUGCUUGCUUUAUUGGAUGCCCUGGCUUCACAUAAAGCUUGUAAAUUGGCUAUUUUGCAUCUUAUCAAUGGAACUACUAAAGGAGAUGAAAAGUACGGAGAGGUUUUCCAGGAGCUCUUAGCUUUGAUGCGAUCAGCUGGGGACAAUGUCACUCAUCAACAGUGUGCUGAAUAUGUAACUUCCCUUUUGCAGUCCCUCUGUGAUCAGGAUAUUGCACUUAUUUUACCAAGUUCAUCAGAAGGCUCUGUGUCUGAAUUAGAGCAGCUUUCCAACUCCUUACCAAGCAAAGAGCUGAUGCCCUUAAUUUGUGACUGUCUGAUGGAAACUUUAACGAAUUCUGAGAGCAGUUACAGUUGUCUGCUGACAUGCAUCCGAACAAUGAUGUUCCUUACAGAGCAUGACUAUGGCUUCUACCACUUGAAGAGCUCUCUAAGAAAACACAGCAAUGCUCUGUACACUGUAUUAAAGCGAGUAAUAACUAGUUUCAGCAAAGACACAGGUGAACUGGCCUCUUCAUUUUUGGAUUUUAUGCGACAGAUUCUAAACUCUGAUACACUGGGGUGUGGAGAUGAUGGAAGCCUUAUGGAAACAGAUGGAUCCCAUUCAGGCAGAACGCUGGGUCUUACCACUGCAGAGUUAAAACAUCUACUGCAGAACAAAGAAGAAACCCCAGAAAGCCUGCUUCUUGAUCUGGAGAAGCAUGUUAUGGAUCGUUCUAAGGAAGAUGAUGGCCUUGAAUCCUUACUGGACAACAUUGUUGGAGUAAGGCAGAUGUUGGAAUCAGCAGGUGAUUCUUGUCCACUGAGUGACCAAGAUGUUGAGCCUACUCUUUCUGCACCAGACUCUCUUCAGAAUUUGUUUAACAACAGGACCACGUACGUGUUGGCAGAUGUGAUGGAUGACCAGCUGAAGUCCAUGUGGUUCUCACCCUUUCAGGCUGAAGAAAUAGACACUGACCUGGAUAUGGUAAAAGUUGACUUAAUUGAACUGUCAGAGAAGGGCUGCAGUGACUUUGACUUGCAAGCUGAAUUAGAGAGGUCAUUUUUGUCAGAACCAUCAUCUCCUGGACGCACAAAAACCACAAAAGGGUUCAAGCUCGGCAAGCACAAGCAUGAGACCUUCAUAACUUCAAGUGGGAAAUCUGAAUACAUAGAGCCUGCAAAGAGAGCUCAUGUUGUGCCACCACCCAGAGGAAGAGGAAGGGGAGGAUUUGGACAAGGAAUUCGACCGCACGAUAUCUUCCGUCAGAGGAAACAGAACACAAGCAGGCCACCCUCCAUGCAUGUGGAUGAUUUUGUUGCUGCAGAGAGCAAAGAAGUGGUUGCUCCAGAUGGGAUACCACCAGCCAAAAGGCCACCAAAAGUGUCACAGAAGAUUUCUUCACGUGGUGGGUUCUCAGGGAAUCGUGGAGGACGAGGAGCUUUUCACAGUCAGAACAGGUUCUUUACACCACCUGCUUCAAAAGGAAAUUACAGUCGUCGUGAAGGUGCUCGAGGCUCCAGUUGGAGUGCACAGAGUACGCCCAGGGGAACCUACAAUGACAGUAGAGGUGGUCAAAGCAAUUUUAACAGGGGUCCACUGCCACCACUGAGACCAUUAAGUUCAGCAGGCUACCGACCGAGUCCUCGCGAUCGUGCUUCCAGAGGCCGUGGAGGAAUUGGACCGUCUUGGACAAGUGCUAAUAGUAGUAGCAGUGGUGGCUCAAGAGGGAAAUUUGUUAGUGGAGGCAGUGGAAGAGGUCGUCAUGUACGUUCCUUCACACGAUAAAAUAAGACCAAUGGUGGAACAGCUCAACCUUGUGGACUUCUGUGAAGAUGACAAAGAAAGCAGCGUCACUAACGGACCAAUUCAGAGUUUCUGGUAUCUGGAGGACACCAAGAGAAUAUUUUUGUCUGAAGAAAAAGCUUUUGUUUGAUACAAGAAUUGAAAUUUCAAUAAAAAUCAAGACUUUUUGUGUACAAUUGUAAAUUUUUUGUUCCUUUUGAAAGAAUGUUUCAAUUUUUUUGUGGAUUUCAGUAGACAAUACUCAGUAAAGCACCUCUUUGAGUUAAGACUUGAAGGACUUCUUAAAUAUUCAUUGUGCCAAAAGAAAGGUGCAAGUGUUUUGUGGAUGGCUUAUUACUGCAAGAAAAUUAAAAAAUAUGUAUGUAUGGCAAUUUUGGGUUUUUUUUGUUCCUCUCAGGUAUACCAUUAGCUCUUUUUUUCCUUUGUUAUUUUGUUAGCCAGUCUGGGGUAUUAAUGAAUGAGGUGUGACUGCCAGCAGGUGAAGUAGCCAAUAAUGAAUCUGUUAAAGUAUACAAAUGUAAAUGUAAUUUAUUUAGGUUUUAUUGUACAUCUUGGGAAAUGACAUUAGAAACUUCUAAGUCCCACACCAGGUAAAAUUUGAAUAAAAUCUGUCACUAACUUCAGGGAGAAUAAGUCAACAUUCCAUCACUUACUUUCCAAGUCCAGCUCAUGCAUUAGGAGCACAGGAGUUACUUCACUGGAAAGCAGCAUAUACUUUCAGUUAAAAAGCAAAUACUCAUACCCUUAGAGUACCUGGAGUUAAUUUGUUCCCUGCCUCUCCUCUGCCUAACAUAGUUGAGGAGAGGGCAGAGACACAGAUAUAUAACCUGAGCCAACAUGUAGUCAGGUAGUGACGUUAAACCUGGUCUAUAAAGAGGUGGAGUUUUGUUCUGUGAUUAGAUGAAGAUACAGUGCAAAAAGAAAAAGGAGGAAUAGGAAUUAAUAAAGAAAUAUCAUUACUAAAUUAAAUUCUGAAUUUAUUUUCAUGUUGAAUUCAGUGAAGUAAGGUUUUAUGUGUUUGCAUUCCUAUGGGUUUCAUAGAAUUAACAGAUUAUCAGUAGCCAUUGCAUUUUUGGACAGGGUGGGGUAGCCUAAAGGCCACAUGCAAUAUUUGCAAAUGAGCUCCACUGUCAGACUUAAGUUUGAUUUUCACUUAUGUUUGGUCUGUUGACAUUACAGAAGUGCUAUAGAAGGGUCUUACUCUACUUAGAUACUGCCCACACCGUAUUUUAAGUGUUUCUAAAGUAUGGUAAUAUGUUAAAUUGAAAUUAUUUUACCUUUAUGCUGCCGGACUAAAUUAAGUAGGCUUUUAAUUUGAUACACAGAAGGUCCCUAUUAGCUGUAUUUUUCCUGUGUGGAGACUCUGAGGCUGUCCCACUGCUUGAGAGGUGAUUGAAUAAUCUAUGAAAGUUGGAAAUGUCCAUGAAUUGACUGGGUGCACCUACAGGGAACAGUAUUGGUUCUUUAAAGGUUUAACCUUAUUUAAAAUAACAUGGACAAAUUCGGAUUGGAAGCUAAACAAUUUUCUGAAUGAUAAAAUAAGAGGGAGAUGUAAUUUUACUAAUAAUGACUAAAAUGGGUGGAGCUUUCACAGGCAUUACUGUUAUUAAUGCUAUUUUUUAAGGAGAACUGCAUAAAUAUUUUUACAGCUGACUCACUCCUUUAUACCAUUUGUUUAAGGUGGUUUUAUUUUUUUAGAAAUUUUACUGUUUUCAAAACUAGCAGGGAUAUAAAUAAUUUGGCUUCUGUCAGGGAAUUUGAAAUGAAAAGUAAAGUGUCAAGCAUGGAAUAAAUACGUAAAUAUUCAGUACUGGUUCUUCAGAGUUUAAAAUAUACAGCAUGUCACAUUAGUAAUUUUCAAACUAGGAGGAAAUAAAGGGUUGGUUACAUUGGUGUACCAGAGCUGUGUAAAUUUAAACUUGAAAAAAGAAGUGUGUGUAUAUCAUGUUUUUUGUUUUGUUAUCUUUUUUACUGAUGAAUUUAGUUCUGUGACCCUUCAAUACAAAGUGGCUCCUUUCAUGGAUAAAUCCAGCAUGAAAUAAUGCUGUUUAAAACUCAGGUGUUACUUGGUUUGCUUUUUAAAAUGGGAUUGCUACCAUGAGUAAAUAACACUUCAAAGAAGUGUUCAAUUUUGCUUUUGAUACUCUGGCUAAAAAAAGACAUUUCCAAGUUUUGUUUCCUGACUGGAACACCAGGAAGUGGCUAACUUCAGAGACUCCUGUAGCUUACUUGAUGAGCAGACCAGUGGGAGGAGGGCGAGUGAGGCAGAAGAGAUCUCCAGUGCAGCACGGAGAGACAAAGGCACAGUCUGUGUGUGGCAGAAGGGUGAGACAAGUUGUGUGCGUUUGUUUUUGCUUCCAUAAUCUUUAGCUGCUGUGCAGUCUGAAAUGUGGCUGAGGGCCAGGUGUACAUGGAGAGGUGUAGGAGAUAAACAAGUUAGCAGCCCAGAUCCUGGUCUCUGGUUGUGCCAUGUUGGCUUUCAGCCUUUUUUUUUUCCUGCUGAGUAACUCCUCCAUCAGGUAAGAGAACAUGUCUAGUGGGUGAAGACAGAGGACUGCAUGCAACAAAUUCCUGCUUGAGUGCCCCAUGUCCAGAUUGCUCAUGUUUAAGCAAAUAAAGCUCUGUUUUUUGCUCUUCUUA